AUUAUGUUUGAAACGCAAAUUAUCCAUACCGAGCACAAGGACGUAAUUCACGAUGUUGCGUACGAUUAUUACGGUCAGCGGAUGGCCACCUGCAGCAGUGAUCAGUACGUGAAGGUAUGGGAUCAAAACGAGCAAGGUGUGUGGAGUGUAACGUCUAGCUGGAAAUCACAUUCCGGGUCGGUUUGGCGCUUAUCAUGGGCACACCCGGAAUUUGGCCAAGUGCUGGCAACCAGUUCGUUUGACCGUACCGUUUCCGUUUGGGAGGAAACGGUGGGUGAAAAAACCAACCCAGCCAUGCCACCGCUAAAGCGCUGGGUGCGUCGCACGAACUUGGUCGAUUCGCGUACAAGCGUGACGGAUGUAAAGUUUGCUCCGAAAUCACAAGGCCUGAUGCUGGCCGCAUGUUCCGCGGACGGUGUGAUCCGGAUCUAUGAAGCGCCGGACAUUAUGAACCUGUCCCAGUGGACAUUAUCGCACGAGAUUAGUGUAAAGAUACCAUUGAGCUGUCUGACGUGGAAUCCGUCGAUGUUUAGACUGCAUCCCGCAAUGAUUGCUGCCGGAAGUGAUGAUUCAUCGCAAAGUACGGGCGGCAAGGUGUUCAUAUUCGAGUACAGUGAGAAUGCGCGGCGCUGGGCGAAAACGGAAACGAUCAACUCCAUUACCGAACCGGUGCACGAUAUAGCGUUCGCACCGAACGUGGGGCGCAGUUAUCACAUUUUGGCGGUCGCUAGUAAGGAUGUGCAAAUUUUCAACCUCAAACCAAUUCUCGAUCCUACGGCUAACUCAAGACUGGAAAUACAACCGGCAGCCCAAUUUGGUGACCACUACUGUACGGUAUGGCGCGUAACAUGGAAUAUUACGGGCACGAUGCUAGCCUCUACCGGGGACGACGGAUGCGUUAGGAUGUGGAAAAUGAAUUAUUUGAAAAACUGGCGCUGUGCCGCUGUUCUCAAGGCAGAAAACUCAGAAUCGGCUCCAGAAACGUCGGUCACGGCAUCACUCAAGUCGAGUAUAGUGAAUGCAACGGCUAAAUACUACAAGCGAGGUACAAUCACGCAUCCGGGACAAGUACCACGGCACUAG